AGGCUCUCGGGUACCAAUAUGACGUCUCCUCUGUUCAGUAUAAAAGGACCUUGGAUUUUCGCAGUAACCUCAAUCAAUUCACAAUCAUCUCACAAUCAACCAACUCACAAUCAACUCUCACCAAAUAAUCAUGUACUCGAAAUUCAUCAGUGUCGCAUUCGUCCUCGCUGCCACUUUGGCUCCUACCGGUGCAGUGGUCUUCCCAAGGGCCAAUAUUGCUCGUGAUUCUGCUACUCCAUCUCCCACUAUCACGUCUACUGUUGUCCCUACUACUAUCGCCACAGUGCCCACCACUACGUCGUCGUCUUCCACCGGCACGACUUCCACUUCGCCUACGAUGUCCACCUCACCUACGACUUCUAUUACGCCCCCGCCCUCUACCCAUCCAACAAUCACCCCGUCCACUACCCUGGUUACGCCUACCACCUCCUUGACGCCCACAACCUCGCUGACGCCUAAACCUCCCACUACCACACCAACGCCCUCAGCGACUGUGACGCCCACCGUGACGCCAACCCAGACCGUCAAACCUUCUGGUCAGCCGAACAAGGGGCCGUCUCCAUCCGUGUCAUCUUUGUCGUGUGAUGGCUUCCAGCCAUGGCAGGCUAAUCUCGCAUACAGCGCAGGCGCUCAGGUUAUCUUUAACAACCAAUUGUGGACCGCUAGUCAAUGGAGCUAUAACAACAACCCAGAGUCUGCCGCUGGCGCAUGGACUUUGAAUGGGCCUUGCAACCAACCGAUCAGCAACAAAGUCGAUUGCACCGGAAUUCCUGCUUGGAACAAGGCCACUGCUUACUCCGGGGGUUCCAAAGUAACCUUCAAUGGUCAUCUCUGGAUUUCUACGCAGUGGACUCAGAGCAACAGUCCUGGUGACACUUCUGGAACUUGGAAGGAUUUGGGGGCUUGCAACUAAUACAAUAAUUUGGACAAUUUAGACAUUUAUGACAUUCAUACGAAGGACUUUGCAUCAUGGACAUUGCUUUGUUACUAGGACUAUUUUAUGGACUUGAUUAGAUUUCUUGUAUUUUCGCUAUGAAUCAAUUGCUUUAACUCCAAUUAUUUUUUUU